AAGCAACUUGACUUCGGCUUCAGUGUCACGAUCGGCGGUGCUCAUGCACGGCUGGCGGGUGUCCUCGAGCCUGCGCGCGGCGACCCUCAGCCAGACACGAAUACCCCGGCGCCCAUACUCUCUUUCCGCUGCUGCCGACGAUGCCAGUGCCUCGUCCUCAUCGUCGGCCGCGCCGUCGACGGGAGACUCGUUCUUCGACACGAAAAUGGCCGAGCUGAACGACGCCAUCAGCAAGCAACGCUCGUCCGCGGUCUGGCUCCACUAUGCCAACCUCAUUGACACCCGGUCCGGCGGUGGGGUCCCUCUCGACGUACAUCGUGCAGUCCUCCGGGCGUGCGCCCCGCCCCCCGCGGCCCUCCGCGCUUGGUCGGCACGCCGGCAGGCUGCUGAGCCAGGCGCAUCCGCCCGGCCAACCUCGCACUACGAGUCCCGUUUCCGCGCAGUCCUCCGCAACAUCCGCGCCGCGGGCGCCGUACCCCAGCUGGACGACUACCACGUCGUGCUCGCGCAGUUCGCCGCCGUCGGCAACGACGUCGGCGCCCUCGCCGUCUAUCGCGAGCUCCUCUCCCAUCGCCUCGACCCCUCCUCGCGUACCUAUGGCCUCGUUCUUCAGGCUGUCGCGCACGGCCUCACACUCCCGGAGCCCCCCGAGAACCGCGCAGGCCGCCUGCAGCGCGCGCGAGAGAUCCAGAGCACCCUCCUCGCCGAGAUGCAGACCCGCGGGCAGCGCCUGCGCACGGUCAACUUCGACCUCAUGCUGCGCGUGCUCAAGGAGGUCGAGGACAUCCCCGCGUUCGCGCGUCUCCUGCGCUGGGGCUACGGCAUCGACCUCGACAACCCGGACCAUCUUGCGCCGGAGUAUCAGCAACCCACGCCCGAGGAGCUCGCGGACAAGACGCGCCUCGCCCCCCACCGCUUCUCUACCGCGCUGUUGAACACCACCGUCGACCUCCUCGGUCGCGCGGGCGACAUUUCGCGCAUGAUCGCCGCUUUCGAGGUGCUCACGCGACCCCUACCUGCCCAAGCUCCCCAGUUCUACUCCUCCACCUUCGAUGAGGAGGACGACUUUGGGCCGGACGACCCGCGAAGCCGAUCCCCUCCCUCUCCCCGUGUACCCUGCGCUAGGGCAAACACAACCACCUACACCCUUCUUGUUCGUCACGCCGCCCACGCGAAGAAGACCCACCUUGUACGACAUUACGCACAAGAGGCUAUCACCGUCGAUGUCGCCUACAUGCACCUUCUUAAGUCUCGUCUAGGGCGAGGGCACGUCCCAUCCGAAUUCCGCGCCCCCCGCGUCAGUGCGACGCGCGAUCUGCUGUACGCUGCCCUUGGCCUCGCGAACAAGAACAAGGACACGGCGCUAGCACGAUGGGUACAAGCCGCAAUGGCGCGUGCUAUAAGGAGCAAGAAGCGCACACUGGCAUGGUUCGAGGACUUCCGGGAAAAGGUCACAGAGGAACGGUGGCAAGCACGGGAGGCGAGGGUGGCGAAGGAGAAGGAAGAGCAGAAGAUUAGGAGAGGCGAGAAGGAGGCGACUAUGCGUGCGAAGGCGGCUGGGGGCAAUGAGCAGGCGUCGACUUCGACGGCGCCUUCACCAAGUCAUGCGCGCUCGGCGAACUCGAAAUUCAACCCCGACAAGCGGCUCGACCUAGACGUGCAGAUCGAGUUGCUCGGCCGGGAUAUUGAGGAGUUGCGCGCGGCGCAUGAGGAUGUCAGCAAGGCUCUCGCCCGCAUCCGCACCCGCGUCCUCGAGCGCGGUGGCCGGCGCGUAUGGGCCGGCCAGGAUGUCUUCGUCCGCGACGCCGGCAAGCGCACUGUCGUCAGCAAGGAGAAGUGGGCCUCUACGGUCAAGUUUCCCAAGGGUGCGACGGGUGUGCGCGUGAAGAUCCCGAGGUCGUCGUCGGGAGGGACGAAGGUAAUUCCGGGAAUGUGGGAGUCGCCAGCGCCCUCGACUCCUCCGCAGGUGCAAGCGCAGUCGACGAGUGCUUCGACUCUGUCGAACUCCUCAUCGCAGGAGAGCACCAGCUCAAGGCGAGCAUCUCGGACGCACGAGGAGGCUUCAUUAUCUACUCCGCUGGUGACGCCGGCGUUAUAGCAGUAUACUCACAUAUAGACCCUUUAUCAUACAUACUCACUGCAAUGCCCAUCACUGGCGUAC